GUAGUACGUGGAGUUCUCGCGGAUGGCUGAAGCAGUACACGUGUCAUUCACUUCCGCUGUGUUCCGCUCGUUUCCGUGUGUGGGCAAACAUGGAGGAGGAGAAGAUUCACGUGGAUUUAGAGGAUUUCUCCGAGGAGCAGUUCAUGGAGAGUUUCAUGAGGGAUAUUCAGAGUGAAGAGGGCGUUUUCAUCAUCGGGAUAUUAGUGGCUCUAGCGCUCGUGAUUCUCACUAUCGUGUUCUUUGGGAAUUUCUGGGGCUCCAGUAAAGCCAGGAACGCUGUGCUGCUGCUGGGACUCUGUGACUCUGGGAAAACUCUUCUGUUCACUCGAUUAUUACUAGGGAAGUUUGUAAGAACACAGACGUCCAUCACCGAGAACAGCACCACAUACAAGAGCAAAAAUGAAAGAGGCAGCAGUUGGACUCUUAUCGAUGUUCCUGGUCAUGAAAGUUUAAGAGUUCAGAUUGUGGAGAAGUACAAGGCCGUGGCUCAAGCCAUCGUGUUUGUGGUGGACAGCAGCGUCUUCCAGAAGGACGUCAGAGAUGUGGCUGAGUUUCUCUACUCCAUCCUCACAGACAACGUAGUGGCAAAAAAUGCCCCGACACUUGUGGUAGCCUGCAACAAACAAGAUAUCUCUAUGGCAAAAUCAGCCAAAUUAAUUCAGCAGCAGUUGGAGAAGGAGUUGAAUACUCUGAGAAUGACGCGUUCUGCGGCCCUAUCCUCUCAGGACGGGGCUGUUGGGGGCUCGGUGUACCUGGGUAAGAAAGGCAAAGAUUUCGAGUUCACCCAGCUGCCCAAUCGGGUGGAGUUCAUCGAGUGCAGCGCUCUUGGAAGCAAAGGAGAAGACGGAGAUGCUGAUAUUCACAAUCUAGAGAAUUGCCUGGCCAAGAUCUGAAGAGCUUAAAUCUCCACAACUGGAAUUAAGCUAAUUCAUAAACUUGUAACAUCGAGCAUAUUUUUUUGUCAUCUUUGGAAUUUUCUUUCAGUGUUGUUGUACCUGUCCAACAGUAUACAACAUGUCCCAACAGAUACUGCACGCUGUAUAUUCAACCAGAAUCAAAGUAUGCUGUGUGAAUGCAAAUAUUGGCAACAUUUGCUUUUCCUUGCCUUAGUGUUUUCACUUUCACUCCAAGACUCUUUUUAAGUUCAAACUGGAGCCAGGUCAACAUUUUACUUCUAUUCAAUUGUUGUUUUUUGUUUUACUAGAGGCAAGUGAGACCGUAAGUUAUAUUAAAGACUGAUUAUGACUACUA